GGAGUUUAAUGUACCAAAAGUCCAACCACUGAAUCCCAACAAAAACACAAUUACCCACUUUAUACCCACCACUGUCUACUCUGUUUUCUCCAUUUAUAAACCUUACAGAUUGCUAGUUUUUGUUUAACCUUAUCUCUCUCACUCUCACAUGCUCUCUCUGUCUUUAUGACCACAUAAAUAAUCAUUACUAGUUCCUUGUGAAGCUAUAACACCAAAUCAUUGAAUUCCAACUCCACUUUCUCUUUUCUUGAUUCUUUACUGAGCAAACUCAAUUUCUUUCAAUCAUGGCAGUUGACCUACAAAGUACAGAUUCUUUAUGGCUUUCUUCUGAAUCCCAGUUUUUUACUGAAGAGAACAGUAGCAGUAACUGCAACAACAAACCCAUUAACGAAACCUGCUUUUCUUCUUCUUCUUCUUCUUCUUCUUCUUGUUUUAGUUCCUCUGAUUCUGGUUCUGCUUUGAGCUCACCAGUUGAGUCAGAACAGGGUUCCACCAAGUCAGAAAGUGACCAAGGCGACGAUUACACUGCUGAGUUGACUCGCCAAAUGGCUCACUACAUGCUUCAAGAUGAUGAGAAUAGACAUGAAAAUGAGUCUAGGCAAGCUCUAAUUGAUUACCAAAUAAAAGCUAUUCAAAUUAUGAAACAAAAACAGGAGUCUUUCUGUCGGGGACAAAGAGCCAAUGGGUAUAAUAAUAAACAACAAGUUGGGAAAUUUCAUCAAAGUAAAGGGAGAGGUUUUAGUGGACAAAAGUUUUCAUGGCCUAAUUUGCCACAGAAACAAAGAACUGGUUCUGAUAUGACAGCAGUUUUUCUUGGUGAUCAUUCUGGUGUAAAAACUGGAUCUUGUGGUACUGGAGUAUUCUUGCCAAGAGGAAUUGACAACACUUGUGAGCCGCGCAAGAAAUCAGGGUGUUCUCCUGUUCUUAUACCAGCAAAAGUAGUUCAAGCCCUGAAACUUCAAUUUGACAGAAUGGGUGUUGAAUCAAGAUUUCAUGGUUCUAAGUUCCCUGUCCAAUAUGAUGGGUUAACACUUGAUGCGAGCUAUGGCCGGCAAAUCCAGAAGAAGAGCCAAGCCUGGACGGAGCCGGCAAUGAACCAUCAAGAGAUGGGUCUACCUCAAGAAUGGACUUAUUGACUGGAAAAGCAAAUGGCAAUAGAGCACAUGACUCAACCCUCACUUCUAAUAUAAUAUAAUUCAAUCUCUCUCUCUCACACAGACACUCAACAGUCAUAUACAAUGGUGUUUUGGAUGCUUUUGCUAUCGAAAAGGAUUUGCAGACAAAUAGAGAAGAGGGAAAGGACAGAUCUUGGUAAAAAAAUUCAAGAAUUUAGGGAAACAACACUGAAUAGGACGAAAUUAUCCUAAAUGGGAUAUAUAUUUUUUCUUUUUAUAGUUAUUUUCUUUUUUAAGUUAGGAUUUAGAUUAGGAAGUGAAAAUAAUUGUCUUUGAAAGAGACAAAAACAGAGCUCUGUCCCAUCUUCUGUGUGGUUGCUGGCUGAUUAUUAUUUAUUAAUAAUUAAUAAUAGACAAGUAGUGUUAUGUAAUUAUGUAUUUUAUACAGUUCUUGUAAUAAUUCAGCUGUCAGCAAUAGUUUCAUAUUGGAAGUCAA